GCUACAACUUGCGGAGAAAACUGAGAAUGCCCUACGUUUUUAUCUAUAAAUAGCUACACGUCUCAUAAGUUUCUUACACCACAAAUACCCUUCCUCUCUUAUAAUUAAGAAUUGCUUCAACUAGUAUAUGCCAAUGAAGAGUCUCUCAUUUCUUCUUGCAAGUGUAUCUCUCUUGGCUAUAACACUUCCAUUAGCCAUUUCUGAUCCCAGAAACGUUCAAGACUUCUGUGUCGGCGUAAACAGCUCAGCCAAUGGUGUGUUUGUGAACGGAAAGUUUUGCAAAGACCCAAAGCUCGCCACAGCAGAUGACUUCUUUUUCACAGGGCUCGCGGCAGGAGAGCCAACCGAUCAGGACCGAGCAAACAUCAGUUUAGUCUCUGCUGAUAAUUUUAUGGCUUUAAAUACCCUUGGAAUUUCAUUUGCCCGUGCAGAUUAUGCAGUGAACGGGGUGGAACCGCCUCACACCCAUCCACGUGCCAGCGAGUUCUUGGUUGUCACAGAAGGAACACUUGCGGUGGGUUUUGUCACGGCAGACCAAGAUGGAAACCGUCUCUUCACAAAAACACUCCACCCAGGUGAUGUAUUUUUGUUUCCAGAGGGACUCAUCCAUUUCCAAGCCAAUAUUGGAAACGUCUCAGCAGUUGCAUUCACUGCUUUGAACAGCCAAAACCCAGGUCUUAGCACUACUGCUAACGCCGUGUUUGGGUGUACCCCGCCGAUAGACCCGGAUAUUCUUGCAAGGGCAUUCAAGUUGGAUCGUAGUAUUGUCGUGGAUCUACAGAACAAAUUUACGCCUACUUCUUCUUUUACCGCUGUCUGAAUAAGGGUCAUGUAUGAUGUAUUAUCCAUCAGUACAUCAAUAAAGUGACAUCAGCAAGCAUAAUGAAAAAGGGUCAUGUAUGAUGUAUUAUCCAUCCGUACAUUAAUAAAGUGACAUCAGUAAGGAUGAUGUAUUUUCUUUUCUUUUUUUGUUAAAGCAUGUUUUAUUUUCUUUUGUCAUAAAUAGAUUAAUGCUUGACGCGGCUGUUUUUUUUAUCAAGAUACGUUUAAAAAAAGAACUAAAAAACAGAAACAAGAGAAUCUGGAGUAUUCAAAGUGUUCUUAUAUCUAUGUAGUUUCAAACUAAGCCAUAGUGGUUUUAGAACCAUCAAGACUAGCUAAAUGGUUUUGAAAGAUACUAACUAAGAGACGUAAAUGUUAAGCAACUUCAGAACGAAAGAAAUAUAAAGAUGGACAUGCAUAAACCUGAACUUUCCCACCUCACUCAAGUGAGAGAUUUUUCUAAGUUGAUUGAAACCCAGAUCAAGGUGUUUCAACGUGGAACAUCUCCGAAGAUUAUCCACCUUUGCAAACUUGUUUCCGCUCAGAUCAAGCGACUCAACACAACACAUGAGAGAAGUUGCAACGACUCAUCCAUGGUCACGAGACGGUUGCAAGUGCAUGAAACGAAAGCCAACUUAGUCCACUCGUGAAUCCUGAAAACUAUUUCUAUAAUCUCUGAGGCAACUCUAUGUGGUUAUAUUAAUUAUCGUUCAACCAAAUUCAACGAUAAUCCCUUUUACCAAACCAGUCAAUCCUUAUUUUUUU